UCUGUCUCUCCACUUGCUGCUUGUCAGCAAAUCAUUAAUCAUCUGAGAGGCAAAGUCGACCCACUUUCCAGUUUCUACAUUCCCUCUUGACUUGGACACUUUUUUUCUUCUCCUCCACUUCCCUUUCACACUCACACUCACACUCCAAUCACUCGUAUAUUCAUUGCAAUCUUACAAAAAGCUCCAACAUCUACACCUGAAUCUAUUUCUCCUUUCACCUGAAUCUUUUAUAUAUAUGUAGCGUUCACUCAUGGGCUGCUUUCAGUCCAAAACCUCCCGCCUCACCUCCCCAGAUCAAGACCCUCCUCUCCCUCAGCCCACCCCAGAUCCAGCUAAUAAUGGGGAGGAGUUCUUACAAAAAAAUAAUGGGGAGGAGUUGAAGCAAAGCGACGGCGUUCCGGGCUUCAAGGAGUUCGGCCUGGCGGAGCUGCGAGCGGCGACCAAUGGGUUCAGCAGCGAACUCAUAGUUUCGGAGAGUGGAGAGAGGGCACCCAAUGUGGUGUACAAGGGGAAGCUUCGCAAUAAUCGCUUGGUGGCAGUCAAGCGCUUCUCCAAGCUCUCCUGGCCAGACGCACGUCAGUUUGUGACGGAAGCUUCUGGGGUUGGCAAGGUUCGGCAUAAGAGACUGGUGAAUUUAAUUGGGUGCUGCGCUGAGGGAGAUGAGCGGCUAUUGUUGGCAGAGUUCAUGCCUAAUGAUACUCUCUCCAAGCAUCUCUUUCACUGGGAGAAACAGCCUUUUCCUUGGGAAAUGCGUGUGAGAGUUGCAUACUAUAUUGCACAAGCACUUGAUCAAUGCAAUACCGAAAACCGAAAAAUCUAUCAUGAUUUAAAUGCAUAUAGAGUUCUCUUUGAUGAGGAUGGUGACCCUCGACUAUCUAGUUUUGGUCUUAUGAAGAAUAGCCGAGAUGGAAAAAGCUAUAGCACUAACUUAGCUUAUACUCCACCAGAGUUUCUGCGGACAGGCAGGGUCAUCCCAGAGAGUGUGAUCUACAGUUAUGGAACUGUUUUGCUGGAUCUUUUGAGUGGAAAGCAUAUACCUCCAAGCCAUGCAUUGGAUUUGAUAAGGGGAAAAAAUUUGUUGUUAUUGCUGGAUUCAUCCUUGGAAGGACAAUAUACCCAAGAAGAUGCGACAAAGUUGGUUCAGCUGGCCUCAAAAUGUCUUCAAUAUGAGGCUAAAGAUCGACCUGAUGGCAAGUUUCUUCUUUCGGCCGUGUUACCCCUCCAAAAGAAGAAAGAGGUUGCAUCACAUGUCCUAAUGGGUCUAGCAAAAACGACAGUGGCGUUGCCAGCCAUACUUUCCCCACUGGGAAAGGCUUGUGCAAGGAUGGAUCUUACUGCAGUGCAUGAUAUAGUGCUUAAAACAGGUUAUAAAGAUGAAGAGGUUGCAGAAAAUGAGCUGUCAUUCCAAGAGUGGACACAACAAGUGCAAGAUAUGUUGAACACAAAGAAAUUCGGGGAUAUUUCAUUUAGAGACAAGGAUUUCAAAAAUGCUAUCAACCAUUAUUCGAAGUUAAUAUCAAUGAUGCCAGUUCCAGCGGGUACCGUCUUUGUGCGGCGAGCCCUCUCGUACCUGAUGAUUGGCGAACCAAAACUUGCCUUGAGAGAUGCCAUGCAAGCUCAGGUGUGCUUGCCCGACUGGUCCACUGCCUUCUACAUGCAAGCUCUUGCUCUCUCAAAGCUUGGGAUGGAGACCCAUGCCCAGGACAUGCUUAAUGAUGCAGCCUCCUUGGAAGGCAAGAAGCAAAACAGCUGCCGCAGAUAAGGUUCUCAGCUAAUGGUGGCAACAUUUCUGUCAACUUUUACCCUGAUUUUGUCAUGGGCUGGCCAAGAAAAUCCAUAUAUAUAUAUAUAUAUAUAUAUA